UUCUCAAAGUUUGAUAUGUGGACCCUGGAUGUUCCAGAGAGCCUUUCAAGGGGUCUGAGAGUAUCAGAUAUAGAAGUUGGUGAUGGACUGCAGCUCAGAAAGGAACAUACUCUCAAAAUAUUUGCUUAUAUCAAUUCCUGGACACAGAGGCAAUGUCUAUGCUGCUUCAAAGAAUAUAAACAUUUGGAGAUUUUUAACCAAGUAGUGUGUGCACUUAUUAACUUAGUGAUUGCCCAAGUUCAAGUGCUCCGGGACCAGCUAUGUAAACAUUGUACUACUAUUAACAUAGAGUCCACGUGGCAAGAUGAGAGUAAUCAAGCAGAAGAACCACUGAAUAUAGAAAAAGAGUGUAAUGAAGGAAGUACAGAGAGACAAAAAAUAGAAAAAAAAUCAAGCUCUACAAGAAUUUGUAAUCUGACUGAGGAGGAAUCUUCGAAGAGCUCUGAUCCUUUUAGUUUAUGGAGUACAGAUGAGAAGGAAAAACUCUUACUGUGUGUGGCAAAAGUUUUUCAAAUUCAGUUUCCCUUAUAUACUGCUUACAAGCAUAAUACUCAUCCUACAAUAGAGGAUAUAUCAACCCAAGAAAGCAACAUAUUAGGGGCAUUCUGUGAUAUGAAUGAUGUAGAAGUACCAUUGCAUUUGCUUCGUUACGUAUGUUUGUUUUGUGGGAAAAAUGGCCUUUCUCUCAUGAAGGAUUGCUUUGAAUAUGGGACUCCUGAAACUUUGCCAUUUCUUAUAGCACAUGCAUUUAUUACAGUGGUAUCUAAUAUUAGAAUAUGGCUACAUAUCCCUGCUGUCAUGCAGCACAUUAUCCCUUUUAGGACCUAUGUUAUCAGGUAUUUAUGCAAGCUCUCUGAUCAAGAGUUAAGACAGAGUGCAGCUCGCAACAUGGCUGAUUUAAUGUGGAGCACAGUGAAAGAACCAUUGGACACAACGUUAUGCUUUGAUAAAGAAAGCCUAGAUCUUGCAUUUAAGUACUUUAUGUCACCUACUUUGACUAUGAGGUUGGCUGGACUAAGUCAGAUCACGAAUCAACUUCACACCUUCAAUGAUGUGUGCAAUAAUGAAUCAUUGGUAUCAGACACAGAAACGUCCAUUGCAAAAGAACUUGCAGAUUGGCUUAUAAGCAACAAUGUGGUAGAGCAUAUAUUUGGACCAAAUUUACAUAUUGAGAUUAUCAAACAGUGCCAAGUGAUUCUGAAUUUUUUGGCAGCAGAAGGACGACUGAGUACGCAGCAUAUUGACUGCAUUUGGGCUGCAGCACAGUUGAAACAUUGUAGUCGGUAUAUUCAUGACUUAUUUCCUUCACUCAUCAAGAAUUUGGAUCCAUUACCACUUAGACAUCUUCUUAAUCUGGUCUCUGCUCUUGAGCCAAGUGUUCAUACUGAACAGACAUUGUAUUUGGCAUCGAUGUUAAUUAAAGCAUUAUGGAAUAAUGCACUAGCUGCUAAGGCCCAGCUAUCUAAACAGAGUUCAUUUGCAUCUUUAUUAAACACUAAUCUUCCCAUUGGAAAUAAGAAAGAGGAAGAAGAGCUCAGAAGAGCUGCACCAUCACCUUGGUCACCUGCAGCCAGUCCUCAAAGCAGUGAUAACAGUGAUACCCAUCAAAGUGGAGGCAGUGACAUUGAAAUGGAUGAGCAACUUAUUAAUAGAACGAAACAUGUACAACAGCGACUUUCAGAUACAGAGGAAUCCAUGCAGGGAAGUUCUGACGAAACUGCCAACAGUGGUGAAGAUGGAAGCAGUGGUCCUGGUAGCAGUAGUGGACAUAGUGAUGGAUCUAGCAAUGAAGUGAAUUCUAGCCAUGCAAGCCAGUCAGCAGGGAGCCCUGGCAGUGAGGUACAGUCAGAAGACAUUGCAGAUAUUGAAGCCCUUAAAGAAGAAGACGAAGAUGAUGAUCAUGGUCAUAAUCCUCCUAAAAGCAGUUGUGGUACAGAUCUUCGGAACAGGAAGUUGGAAAGUCAAGCAGGCAUUUGCUUAGGGGAUUCUCAAGGUCCAUCAGAAAGAAGUGGGACAAACAAUGGAACAGGAAAGGACCUGGUUUUUAACACUGAGUCAUUGCCAUCGGUAGAUAAUCGAAUAAGAAUGCUAGAUGCCUGUUCACACUCUGAAGACCCAGAACAUGAUAUUUCAGGGGAAAUGAAUGCUGCUCAUAUAGCACAAGCAUCUCAGGAAUCUUGUAUUACACGCACUGGGGACUUUCUUGGGGAGACUAUUGGGAAUGAAUUAUUUAAUUGUCGGCAGUUUAUUGGUCCACAGCAUCACCACCACCACCACCACCAUCAUCACCACCAUGAUGGACAUAUGGUUGAUGAUAUGCUAAGUGCAGAUGAUGUCAGUUGCAGUAGCUCCCAGGUCAGUGCAAAAUCAGAAAAAAAUAUGGCUGAUUUUGAUGGUGAAGAAUCUGGAUGUGAAGAGGAGCUAGUUCAGAUUAAUUCGCAUGCAGAGCUAACAUCUCAUCUCCAACAACAUCUUCCCAAUUUAGCAUCUAUUUACCAUGAACACCUUAGUCAAGGACCUGCAGUUCAUAAACAUCAAUUCAACAGUAAUGCUGUGACAGACAUUAAUUUGGAUAAUGUUUGCAAGAAAGGAAACACUUUGUUGUGGGACAUAGUCCAGGAUGAUGAUGCAGUUAAUCUUUCUGAAGGAUUAAUAAAUGAAGCAGAAAAACUUCUUUGUUCCUUAGUAUGUUGGUUUACAGAUAGACAAAUUCGAAUGAGAUUCAUUGAAGGUUGCCUUGAAAAUUUAGGAAACAACAGAUCAGUAGUAAUUUCACUUCGUCUUCUUCCAAAACUGUUUGGUACUUUUCAGCAGUUUGGGAGCAGUUAUGAUACACAUUGGAUUACAAUGUGGGCAGAAAAAGAACUGAACAUGAUGAAGCUUUUCUUUGAUAAUUUGGUAUACUAUAUUCAAGCUGUAAGAGAAGGAAGACAAAAGCAUGCACUGUACAGCCAUAGUGCCGAAGUUCAAGUACGACUUCAGUUCUUAACUUGUGUGUUUUCAACUCUGGGAUCACCUGAUCAUUUCAGGUUAAGUUUGGAGCAAGUUGACAUUUUAUGGCAUUGUUUAGUAGAAGACUCUGAGUGUUACGAUGAUGCACUCCAUUGGUUUUUAAAUCAAGUUCGAAGUAAAGAUCAACAUGCUAUGGGAAUGGAAACCUACAAACAUCUUUUCCUGGAGAAGAUGCCCCAGCUAAAGCCUGAAACGAUUAGCAUGACUGGCUUAAACCUGUUUCAGCAUCUCUGUAACUUGGCUCGAUUAGCUACCAGUGCCUAUGAUGGUGGUUCAAACUCUGAGCUGUGUGGUAUGGACCAAUUUUGGGGCAUUGCUUUAAGAGCACAAUCUGGUGAUGUCAGUCGAGCAGCUAUCCAGUAUAUUAACUCCUAUUAUAUUAAUGGUAAAACGGGUUUGGAGAAGGAGCAAGAAUUUAUUAGUAAGUGUAUGGAGAGUCUUAUGAUAGCUUCUAGCAGUCUUGAACAGGAAUCACACUCAAGUCUCACUGUUAUAGAAAGAGGACUCCUUAUGCUGAAGACACAUCUGGAAGCAUUUAGGAGAAGGUUUGCAUAUCACCUCAGACAGUGGCAAAUUGAAGGCACUGGUAUUAGUAGUCAUUUGAAAGCACUGAGUGACAAACAGUCCCUGCCGCUAAGGGUUGUAUGUCAGCCAGCUGGACUUCCUGACAAGAUGACUAUUGAAAUGUAUCCUAGUGACCAGGUAGCAGAUCUUAGGGCUGAAGUAACUCAUUGGUAUGAAAAUUUACAGAAAGAACAAAUAAAUCAACAAGCUCAGCUUCAGGAGUUUGGUCAAAGCAGCCGAAAGGGAGAGUUUCCUGGUAAGUCCAUCAGUUCAAAUUUUCAUAUUAUGGUAUUUGUAUCUUUGGGUGCACCAAGAAGAGAACGGAAAGGAGAAGGUGUUCAACUGCCAGCAUCUUGCCUACCACCCCCACAGAAGGACAACAUUCCGAUGCUUUUGCUUUUACAGGAACCUCAUUUAACUACUCUUUUUGAUUUAUUAGAGAUGCUUGCAUCAUUUAAACCACCCUCAGGAAAAGUGGCAGUUGAAGAUAGUGAGAGCUUAAGAUGUGAAGAACUUCAUCUUCAUGCAGAAAACCUCUCUAGGCGUGUAUGGGAGCUACUGAUGCUUCUUCCUACAUGUCCUAACAUGUUGAUGGCAUUCCAGAAUAUCUCAGAUGAGCAGAGUAAUGAUGGACUUAAUUGGAAGGAACUGCUCAAAAUUAAGAGUGCUCAUAAGCUAUUAUAUGCCCUGGAAAUUAUUGAAGCUCUGGGGAAACCUAACAGAAGAAUAAGGAGAGAGUCGACGGGAAGUUACAGUGAUCUUUAUCCAGAUUCUGAUGAUUCAAGUGAGGAUCAAGUGGAAAAUAGUAAAAAUUCCUGGAGUUGCAAGUUUGUUGCUGCUGGAGGGCUUCAACAGUUACUAGAAAUUUUUAAUUCUGGAAUUCUAGAGCCAAAAGAGCAGGAAUCCUGGACUGUGUGGCAGCUAGACUGUCUUGCUUGCUUGCUGAAGUUAAUAUGCCAGUUUGCAGUAGAUCCAUCUGAUUUGGAUUUAGCUUAUCAUGAUGUCUUUGCCUGGUCUGGUAUAGCAGAAAGCCAUAGGAAAAGAACCUGGCCUGGCAAAUCAAGAAAAGCUGCUGGUGAUCAUGCCAAGGGUCUUCAUAUACCGAGAUUAACAGAGGUAUUUCUUGUUCUUGUCCAAGGAACCAGUUUGAUUCAGCGACUUAUGUCUGUUGCUUAUACGUAUGAUAAUCUGGCUCCUAGAGUUUUGAAAGCUCAGUCUGAUCACAGGUCUAGACAUGAAGUUUCACAUUAUUCAAUGUGGCUCUUGGUGAGUUGGGCUCAUUGCUGUUCUUUAGUGAAAUCUAGCCUUGCUGAUAGUGAUCAUUUACAAGAUUGGCUAAAGAAAUUGACUCUCCUUAUUCCUGAGACUGCAGUCCGUCAUGAGUCUUGCAAUGGUCUUUAUAAGUUGUCUCUGUCAGGGCUGGAUGGAGGAGACUCAAUCAAUCGCUCUUUUCUGCUACUGGCUGCCUCAACAUUGUUGAAAUUUCUUCCUGAUGCUCAAGCACUCAAACCUAUCAGGAUAGAUGAUUAUGAAGAAGAACCAAUGUUAAAACCUGGAUGUAAAGAAUAUUUUUGGUUGUUGUGCAAAUUAGUUGACAACAUACAUAUAAAGGAUGCUAGUCAGACAACACUCCUCGACCUAGAUGCUUUGGCACGACAUUUGGCUGACUGUAUUCGGAGCAGGGAGAUCCUUGAUCAUCAAGAUGGUAAUAUAGAAGAUGAUGGGCUUACAGGACUCCUAAGGCUUGCAACAAGUGUUAUUAAACACAAACCACCCUUUAAGUUUUCAAGGGAAGGGCAGGAAUUUUUAAGGGAUAUCUUCAAUCUCCUGUUUUUGUUGCCUAGUCUAAAAGAUAGACAACAGCCAAAGUGCAAAUCACAUUCUUCAAGAGCUGCUGCUUAUGAUUUGUUAGUGGAGAUGGUGAAGGGGUCUGUUGAAAACUACAGGCUAAUACAUAACUGGGUUAUGGCACAACACAUGCAGUCUCAUGCACCUUAUAAAUGGGACUACUGGCCUCACGAAGAUGUCCGUGCUGAGUGUAGAUUUGUUGGCCUGACUAACCUUGGAGCUACUUGUUACUUGGCUUCUACUAUUCAGCAACUUUAUAUGAUACCUGAAGCAAGACAGGCUGUCUUCACUGCUAAGUAUUCCGAAGAUAUGAAGCACAAGACCACUCUUCUGGAGCUUCAAAAAAUGUUUACAUAUUUAAUGGAAAGUGAAUGCAAAGCAUAUAAUCCUAGACCCUUUUGUAAAACGUAUACUAUGGAUAAACAGCCUCUGAAUACUGGGGAGCAGAAAGAUAUGACAGAGUUUUUUACUGAUCUUAUUACUAAAAUUGAAGAAAUGUCUCCAGAACUGAAAAAUACUGUCAAAAGUUUGUUUGGGGGUGUAAUUACAAACAAUGUUGUGUCCUUGGAUUGUGAACACGUUAGUCAGACUGCUGAAGAGUUUUACACAGUGAGGUGCCAGGUGGCUGAUAUGAAGAACAUUUAUGAAUCUCUUGAUGAAGUCACUAUUAAAGACACUUUAGAAGGUGACAACAUGUAUACUUGUUCUCAUUGUGGGAAGAAAGUACGAGCUGAAAAAAGAGCAUGUUUUAAGAAAUUGCCUCGCAUUCUGAGUUUCAAUACUAUGAGAUACACAUUUAAUAUGGUCACAAUGAUGAAAGAGAAAGUGAACACACACUUUUCCUUCCCAUUACGUUUGGAUAUGACACCUUAUACAGAAGACUUUCUCAUGGGAAAGAGUGACAGAAAAGAAGGUUUUAAGGAAGUCAGUGAUCAUUCAAAAGACACAGAGAGCUAUGAGUAUGACUUGAUAGGAGUGACUGUUCACACAGGAACAGCAGAUGGUGGGCACUAUUACAGCUUCAUUAGAGAUAUAGUCAAUCCACAUGCUUAUAAAAACAAUAAAUGGUAUCUUUUUAAUGAUGCUGAGGUAAAACCUUUUGAUUCUGCUCAACUUGCCUCUGAAUGCUUUGGUGGGGAGAUGACGACCAAGACCUAUGAUUCUGUUACAGAUAAAUUUAUGGAUUUCUCCUUUGAAAAGACACACAGUGCUUAUAUGCUGUUUUACAAACGCAUGGAACCAGAGGAAGAAAAUGGGAAAGAGUACAAAUUUGAUGUUUCAUCCGAGUUACUAGAGUGGAUUUGGCAUGAUAACAUGCAGUUUCUUCAAGAUAAAAACAUUUUUGAACAUACUUACUUUGGGUUUAUGUGGCAGUUAUGUAGUUGUAUCCCCAGUACAUUACCAGAUCCUAAAGCUGUAUCCUUAAUGACAGCAAAGUUAAGCACUUCCUUUGUCCUGGAGACAUUUAUUCAUUCAAAAGAAAAGCCCACAAUGCUUCAGUGGAUUGAACUGUUGACCAAACAAUUUAAUAAUAGUCAAGCAGCUUGUGAGUGGUUUUUGGACCGUAUGGCUGAUGAUGAUUGGUGGCCAAUGCAGAUACUAAUUAAGUGCCCUAAUCAAAUUGUGAGACAGAUGUUUCAGCGCUUGUGUAUCCAUGUGAUUCAGAGACUUAGACCUGUACAUGCUCAUCUCUAUCUACAGCCAGGAAUGGAAGAUGGGUCAGAUGAUAUGGAUGCUUCAGUAGAAGAUAUAGGUGGUCGUUCAUGUGUCACUCGAUUUGUGAGAACUCUGUUAUUAAUUAUGGAACAUGGUGUAAAGCCUCACAGUAAACAUCUUACAGAGUAUUUUGCCUUCCUUUACGAAUUUGCCAAAAUGGGUGAAGAAGAGAGCCAGUUUUUGCUUUCACUGCAAGCCAUAUCUACAAUGGUACAUUUUUACAUGGGAACCAAAGGGCCUGAAAAUCCUCAAGUUGAAGUGUUGUCAGAGGAAGAAGGGGAAGAAGAAGAGGAGGAAGAAGAUAUUCUCUCCUUGGCAGAAGAAAAAUACAGGCCAGCUGCCCUUGAAAAAAUGAUAGCUUUAGUUGCUCUUUUGGUUGAACAGUCUCGCUCAGAAAGGCAUCUGACAUUAUCACAGACUGACAUGGCAGCAUUAACAGGAGGAAAGGGAUUUCCCUUCUUGUUUCAACAUAUUCGUGAUGGCAUCAAUAUAAGACAAACUUGUAAUCUGAUUUUCAGCCUAUGUCGAUACAAUAAUCGACUUGCAGAACAUAUUGUAUCUAUGCUUUUCACAUCAAUAGCAAAAUUGACUCCUGAGGCAGCCAAUCCUUUCUUUAAAUUGUUGACUAUGCUAAUGGAGUUUGCUGGUGGACCUCCAGGAAUGCCUCCCUUUGCAUCUUACAUUCUGCAGAGAAUAUGGGAGGUAAUUGAAUACAAUCCUUCUCAGUGUCUGGAUUGGUUGGCAGUGCAGACACCCCGAAAUAAACUGGCACACAGCUGGGUCCUACAGAAUAUGGAAAACUGGGUCGAGCGAUUUCUUUUGGCUCACAAUUAUCCUAGAGUCAGGACUUCUGCAGCUUAUCUUCUGGUGUCCCUUAUACCAAGCAAUUCAUUCCGCCAGAUGUUCCGGUCAACAAGGUCUUUGCACAUCCCAACCCGUGACCUUCCACUCAGUCCAGACACAACAGUAGUCCUACAUCAGGUCUACAACGUGCUCCUUGGUUUGCUCUCAAGAGCCAAACUUUAUGUUGAUGCUGCUGUUCAUGGCACUACAAAGCUAGUGCCCUAUUUUAGCUUUAUGACUUACUGUUUAAUUUCCAAAACUGAGAAGCUGAUGUUUUCCACAUAUUUCAUGGAUUUGUGGAACCUUUUCCAGCCUAAACUUUCUGAGCCAGCAAUAGCUACAAAUCACAAUAAACAGGCUUUGCUUUCAUUUUGGUACAAUGUGUGUGCUGACUGUCCAGAGAAUAUCCGCCUUAUUGUUCAGAACCCAGUGGUAACCAAGAACAUUGCCUUCAAUUACAUCCUUGCUGACCAUGAUGAUCAGGAUGUGGUGCUUUUUAACCGUGGGAUGCUGCCUGCCUACUACGGCAUUCUGAGGCUCUGCUGUGAACAGUCUCCUGCAUUCACACGACAACUGGCUUCUCACCAGAACAUCCAGUGGGCCUUUAAGAAUCUUACACCACAUGCCAGCCAGUACCCUGGAGCAGUGGAAGAACUGUUUAACCUGAUGCAGCUGUUCAUAGCUCAGAGGCCAGACAUGCGAGAAGAAGAAUUAGAAGAUAUUAAACAGUUUAAGAAGACAACCAUAAGUUGUUACUUACGUUGCUUAGAUGGCCGCUCCUGCUGGACGACUUUAAUAAGUGCCUUCAGAAUACUAUUAGAAUCUGAUGAAGACAGACUUCUUGUUGUAUUUAAUCGAGGGUUGAUCCUGAUGACUGAGUCUUUCAACACACUGCACAUGAUGUAUCAUGAAGCCACAGCUUGCCACGUGACUGGAGACUUAGUAGAACUUCUGUCAAUAUUCCUUUCAGUUUUGAAGUCUACACGCCCAUAUCUUCAGAGAAAAGAUGUGAAACAAGCAUUAAUCCAGUGGCAGGAGCGAAUUGAAUUUGCCCAUAAACUGUUAACUCUUCUUAAUUCCUAUAGCCCUCCAGAACUUAGAAAUGCCUGUAUAGAUGUCCUCAAGGAACUUGUGCUUUUGAGUCCCCAUGACUUUCUUCAUACUCUGGUUCCAUUUCUACAACACAACCAUUGUACUUACCAUCACAGUAAUAUACCAAUGUCUCUUGGACCUUAUUUCCCUUGUCGAGAAAAUAUCAAGCUAAUAGGAGGGAAAAGCAAUAUUCGGCCUCCGCGCCCUGAACUCAAUAUGUGCCUCUUGCCCACAAUGGUGGAAACCAGUAAGGGCAAAGAUGACGUUUAUGAUCGUAUGCUGCUAGACUACUUCUUUUCUUAUCAUCAAUUCAUCCAUCUAUUAUGCCGAGUUGCAAUCAACUGUGAAAAAUUUACUGAAACAUUAGUUAAGCUGAGUGUCCUAGUUGCCUACGAAGGUUUGCCACUUCAUCUUGCACUGUUCCCCAAACUUUGGACUGAGCUAUGCCAGACUCAGUCUGCCAUGUCAAAAAACUGCAUCAAGCUUUUGUGUGAAGAUCCUGUUUUUGCAGAAUAUAUAAAAUGCAUUCUAAUGGAUGAAAGAACUUUCCUAAACAACAACAUUGUCUACACAUUCAUGACACAUUUUCUUCUAAAGGUUCAAGGUCAGGUGUUUUCUGAAGCAAACUGUGCCAAUCUGAUCAGCACCCUUAUUACAAACUUGAUAAAUCAGUAUCAGAACCUGCAAUCUGAUUUCACCAACCGAGUCGAAAUUUCCAAAGCCAGUGCUUCUUUAAAUGGGGACUUGCGGGCGCUUGCUUUGCUCCUGUCUGUACACACUCCCAAACAAUUAAACCCAGCUCUAAUUCCAACCCUGCAAGAGCUUUUAAGCAAAUGCAGGACUUGUCUGCAGCAAAGAAACUCACUCCAAGAGCAAGAAGCCAAAGAAAGAAAAACUAAAGAUGAUGAAGGGGCGACUCCUGUUAAAAGAAGGCGUGUUAGCAGUGAUGAGGAGCACACUGUGGACAGUUGCAUCAGUGAUGUGAAAACAGAAACCAGGGAGGUCCUGACCCCGACCAGCACUUCAGACAAUGAGACGAGAGACUCUUCAAUUAUCGAUCCAGGAACUGAGCAAGAUCUUCCUUCCCCUGAAAACAGUUCUGUUAAAGAAUACCGAAUGGAGGUUCCAUCUUCAUUUUCAGAAGACAUGUCAAAUAUCAGGUCACAGCAUGCGGAAGAACAGUCCAACAAUGGUAGAUUUGAAGACUGUAAAGAAUUUAAAGACCUUCACUGUUCCAAGGAUUCUAACCUCGCUGAGGAAGACUCUGAGUUCCCUUCUACUUCCCUCUCCGCAGUCCUGUCUGACUUAGCUGACUUGAGAAGCUGUGAUGGUCAAGCUUUGCCUUCACAGGACCCUGAGGCUGCUUUAUCGCUCAGCUGUGGCCAUUCCAGAGGGCUCUUUAGUCACAUGCAGCAACACGACAUUUUAGAUACCCUAUGUAGGACCAUUGAAUCUACAAUCCAUGUGGUCACAAGGAUAUCUGGCAAAGGAAACCAAGCUGCUUCUUGACAUUAGAUGUAGCAUGUCUACUUUUAAGGUCCCCCUUCCCCCUAAUGCUGUUUGUAUAAGUUUUGCUUAUUUCUGUUUUUGUGCUUCAGUUCGUCCAGUGCUCUCUGCUUGAAUGGCAAGAUAGAUUUAUAGGCUUAAUUCUUGGUCAGGCAGAACUUCAGAUGAAAACAUUUGCAUCUUCAGUAUACUUUCUAAAGGGCAAUCAGAUAACGGAUUUGUUUUAUGUAAUUAAGAGUUCACUGUAGUGGCUUUCAUUUAAUAUGGCUGUCUGGGAGGAACAGGGUUUCCUGGCCCUUACAAUGUAAUUUAAACUUAACAGCAUUUUUACUGUGUAUAAUAUGGUGUCCUCUGUGCCAGUUUUGUACCUUAUAAUAGAGGCAGAUUGCCUCCGAUCGCUGUGGUUCUUAUUAUCAAAAUUAAGUUUACUUGUAUACGGAACAACCACAAGAAAUUUGAUUCUGUAAAGAAUCCUCUUUAGCUGUGGCCUGGCAGUAUAUAAAUGGUGCUUUAUUUAACAGAAUACCUGUGGAGGAAAUAAAGCACACUUGAUGUAAAAAUAAUUGUUUUAUUUUUAUUGACAUGACUGAUUGAUUGCUAUUCUGUGCACUUAAUUAAACUGAUUGUGAUGAC